AUGGAUACCCUUGAGAAAACCUCUAGAACUACCAGGCUAGUCCCAAAGAUCGCAUCAAACAGUCCGCAUGACAUCGUACUGUAUGCAAUAUCAACAGAAAAAGCCGCACGAUGUAUGGAACAGUUCAACACGAUGGUCUUCUACGUCAAGAAGACAUCAACUAAACCAGAAAUAAAACAGGCAAUCGCUGAACUGUACUCUGCAAAAAUCAAAAAGGUCAACACACUCAUAAACAAGCAUGGCAAGAAAGCAUACGUCAGGUUUGCAGAGGAUGGUGUUGCACUCCAGAUAGCAUCAAACAUUGGCAUAAUCUGA